ACCGAUGACAUGAAACUAGUCCAAGUGGAUUCUGAGAUGUUCUUAUGUAUCGCUAGUUUAGGUGUUUUCAGUGCCUUUUGGUCAUUAUUUCACGUUACGGCAGGUGCUAGCUAGCUCAACACCUGGUACGUCAGCCCACCGACGCUGACCUGCUGCUCCUCUGUUUACAUUGUUUCUGUGCACAACAGCGCGGCUGGCAGAGAUGCAGAUGCAAUCAGGAGAAACGCAGCGUGUGUUUACUGUAGCCUUACAACAUGCGCACUUUUUAUACACAUUAAAGUGGCUAGUUUAAACCAGUUCGAGCAAGCAUAAUAUUAACCAUAUCUGAAAUUGACAUCUCCUAUUAUUUUUAGAGUUUCUAAAUGCAUAUAAAAGUUCCUUGAUUGUAAAAUUUAAGAAAAUUUAGGCUAGAAAAUUAAAUCUGAGGACCAAGACAGGUGAAUAUAUGUUGAAAAUGAAAUGCAUGAAUUUGUCUUUUUUUAUUUAAAAAAAAAUAUUUGUAUGAACGUUUUAACUUAUUUCCAGUUAUUUUGAGGGAGAUCAGUUUAGUUAUUAUUUCAUAUACAGAAAUAACAUGCAAGAUAUGAAACAUUAAUAAUAGUGUCUACAUGUUUUUCUUUAUUCAGUGUUAUCACUACUGUCUGUGCAUCUUAAUAACAUAAAAAUAAUGGUGGUCUUUGUUUGUUACUGUAAAAUAAAAUGUGCUCAAGGUAAACAAUCCUUCCAACUUGAACUAAACAACAAAUGGUCAAACUUGUUAAUUUUGUUGAUUCUGAUGGACAGUAUUUAUUGUAAUGACAACCAAAGAUAUUUACGAAAAACUUUGUUUUGAUAUCCGUCUCUGCAUGUAGUCAGAGCUUCUCAAGCAAAACUAUUUCUCAAUAGUCUAAAAAAAUAAAGAAACUGUAAUAGAGAGAAAGAGUUGGAGGUGGAGGCAGAAGAGUAGAGUUCACACAAGGGUGAUUGACAGCACUAAGAACUUCCUCCUGGAUCUGAUUGUUUGUUCCUAGUUAGCAUUGGGAGAAGGCAGAGGAGCUCUUUUUUUAUUAUUAUUUUCAAUGCAUCAUCUUUCUUGUACCGUACUGUUAUUACAUGCUGACAGUUUCAACAAAUGUAUAAAGACACAUAUAUGUUUUUUGUUUUUGUUUUUUAUAAAAGUUACACUCUGCAGCUUUAACAAGACACUUCUUCUGAGUUUUAGCUUUAAAGCUAAACUACUUUGAGUCAAGGUGAGAUCUGGUGCUGGAUAGAAGAUGUCUUUAUGUGUCACCAAGACUAUUUCCACAGGCGAGUUCAUGAGUUAAGACCGGAGACGCCUGUAACGAAGGCUCUACAUCAUAACUUUAUGGAGUGCUGUGGAGAGAAGCAGAAAGUGAACAAUUCGUGCUCAAAUGACACUCACUGUGAACCAGGUUGCUUCUAUCGUUUGCUGGAGAACAGCAACGUGAUCUGCAUAUUCUGUGACUCUGCAGCUGUGGAUUUGGAGAAUGUAACCGUUUGCACAUACAACUACACAUUGGAGCGUAAAAACCACACAACAGUAACAACUGUCAUUCCUAAAAUUGGAGGCCCUGGCGUCGCGGCCUCCGUUCUUCUGGGAACUCUGUUGAUCAGCAUGUUCCUCAUUCUCACUGUUGCCUCCUUUUUCUACCUCAAACGCUCCAACCGGCUGCCUGGUUUCUUCUACCGGCGAAACAAAGCCUUUAUAUUUCAACCAAGUGAGACGGCAGUUAUGAUCCCUUCAGGGAGGAAGCAAAGAUAUGUGAGGAGGGAGCGGCCCUCAACGCGAAACAUCACCACCAUCCCCACCUCAGCUACCACUCAGGUGCAUAAUUUGUAGGAGGAGUGAUGGGUUUGGUGCAGGUAGGGAGGAAAGCUCAGGAAGGAUCCGAAGAAAGACCAGCUGACUCUAGGAAUGUUGGCCAAAUAUAACUGCUGUUGCUGCUCCUGCCUUCGUAUCACUAAGGCUGACACUGUUUGUGUUUUUAACAAUAACCUGUCACACUGACACUGAAUUUACUGGAAAUCCACUUAUUUUUUUAUUUUUUACCUUUUUCUUUCAGUGAAAAUCUUUAGAAUAACUUCAGUUUUUAGUUGACACACUGUUUCCCCAAUUUUAUUGGUUUAUCCCAGAUCACUAUGAUAAAUUAAGUGCCAAGAAUAGAGAGGGGCAUUAUAGACCCUUUUUCAGAGUCAGCUAGUUGUGUUUGAAAUGCUUGAAAUAGUUGAAAAUUAGCUGCUUAAACCAGAGAAAAAGCCUUUCUGUGUUUGCAACACAUGUUUAAAUAUAAGCUGAUUUUAAUCUGCUGCUUCUGAAUAUGAGCUCAGCAGCUCCAUCAAAAUAACUUGGCAUAUAAUAGUUACAUUUUUCCUCUAAAAGGGUUCGGCAGCUGUGACUUUUGUGGAGCAAACAGACUGUCUAACAUUCAAUUUGUUUUUCUACUGACCCUGCUUGUUUUUGCUUUCAUUCUUGCUUUGUGCACUGACUUUUCCUGCUUGUAUUAAACCGAUAUUGGUUUUCUGGUGGGCCAGAAUUCAUCAAGGAGAAUUCCCAGAGGCACUGUAUGGAUCAAUAUUUCUAUCUUCUAAUUUUGUAAUUUGCAUUGUUGACACUGUAUUUAUUUUUGUAACCUACUGAGAUGUAUCAUGUCUUCUGGUUGUCAUGAACUGCAACCCACUGGCUUUCAUAAUCAUAAUAUUUAUAAGGAUAUUUAUUAAAGAAAUCAUUGUAUCAAAUCAAAAAACUGAAUUUGUUCCGCAAAGUGUGGUUUCGACCCAAACUUAUAUUUUUAAAACGUAACCUUUGCGAGUCUAUGUGCACUUUAAGGUACCAAGCUCAUAAUGAAAAUGUCCUUUUUAACAGAAAAACUCCAAGUAUCUUACUAAGUAUAGCUGUUUUUUUUUGUUGUUGUUGUUUUUUUCUCCAGGAACCAGCACUAUGUUUUCCACCAUGAAUUCUAUUUGCCUAAUAUUUAAUUUGCCAAAUAUCAGAAGGAAAUGGUGUGAUUAUAUUACUGUAAUAAUUGUGCCAUUUUCAGUUUUAAACACAGCUGAGGAGCUUUUGAUGAUAUCUGUGAUGAUUUUCAUUUUUGGAUCGUAUCCAGUGGCCUUUACUGUAUCUCUAAUUCUCAUCCAAGUCUCUGUUCUGUUUUAUUUUGACAACCCUGGGACAGUUGUGUGUUUUACUACUUCAAGUCACUCAAUUGCAGUCAUCAUUCCUUAGCUAUUCAUCCUGUUUGCUACUUAUGGUAUUUGUUGUACAGUUAAACAAAAGCUUGAUAUGUGCAUUUAUUAUUUUUUUACAAAUGGAGUGUUUUUGUAAUGUACUGUUUUUUGUUUUAGUGCCAUGAUAAAAGUUCAGAAGAUGUAUAAUUUGCAAAAAUAAAGCACCUUUCUCUAA